AUGUCCACUCAUCCACGUGUCCACGUGUGUCUCACUGUGCGGACCUGCAGGGACAUGUAUGGCUUCACACUCCAGAGCCAAUACACGGACAUUUACAAGACGUAUGCUCGCAUCUACCAGGUGGAAGAGGAGGAGCGGUCAGACCGAUGGGACAAGUUCUUGCAGCACUGCGACCUCUCCUUCCACGAACCUUCCUCUUCCAUCCGAACAGCAGCAGCAGCAGAGGCAGCAGGAGACACAGAGCAGUUUCGGGAGGAGCUGGUGAUUAUAGAGAAAGUGCUUAAAGGGAGAAAGCUGUGGAGGAGGAGAGGAGGGGAAGGGGGCGGGAAGGAGGGGAGUGCGGUCGGUGAGGGUUUGAGUAGGGGUGAUAAUGCUGCUGGUUCUGGUGCUGGUGGUGCUGUAGCGGUUGUGGAUAGUCAUGGAGAGAAAGCAGGUGUGGAAGGAGAUGCGGGAAGUGUGAGCAUAACUGGUAAGGGUUCAAAACCGAAAGCAGAGGAGGAAGAGGAGGAGGAGGAGGAGGAAGAAGAGGAGGAAGAGGAGGAGGAGGAGGAAGAGGAGGAAGAGGAGGAAGAAGAGGAAGAGGAAGAGGAGGAAGAGGAGGAAGAGGAAGAAGAAGAGGAAGAGGAGGAGGAAGAAGAAUACGAGGAGGUGGAGACAGAGGAGGAGGUUGAGGAGGAGGAAGAAGAAGAGGAGGAGGAGGAGGAGGAGGAGGAGGAGGAGGAGGAGGAGGAGGAGGAGGAGGAGGAGGAGGAGGAGGAGGAGGAAGAGGAGGAGGAAGAAGAAGAGCAGGAAGAGGAAGAGGAAGAGGAGGAGGAAGAGGAAGAGGAGGAGGAAGAAGAGGAGGAAGAGCAGAAAAAACCAAAGGAAGCAAGAAAAACAGGGGAUGGGAAGGAGAGAGAGGAAAACAACAAAACCACAGCUUCAUUUGCAAAGGAUAGCUCCUCCGGAAGCCCCUCUGUGGAUAAGUCAGGAGACAAGUCAGGAAGCAAGUCAGGAGACAAGUCAGGAGACAAGUUAGAUCCGGAAGGGGAGAAAGAGGAGAAAGGACCUACUGCAGCGCAACCAAAAGCAGAUGGAGCAGCAGCAGCAGCAGCAGCAGCAGCAGAAGUAGCAGCAGCAGGAGGGCAACAGAAAGAGCCAAGUAGCCCAUCCAAACCUGCCAAGCUAUCAAAGCUGGCGAGUGUUUUGUCUCCUGCUGCCACGGCCGCUGCUGUGGAGGCGCAGAAAGAAGCAGCAGAGGCCGCUGCUGCUCUCGAAGCCGUGGCUAAUAAGACGCUGAAAGCUGCGAGGGAGGCACAGGGGGGGGCAGGAGGGGUGGAGGGAGCGGGGGUGGACGCACAGAGAGAAGCAGCAGAGGCGGCUGCUGCUCUUGAAGCCGUGGCGAAUAAGACACUCAGAGCUGCGAGGGAGGCACAGGGGGGUGGGGGAGGGGGAGGAGAGGAAGGGAGGGUGGGAGCAAAGGACGUGCGAGUAACAGAGGGCGACGGGGGAGAGAAAGGGGGAGAGGGGAAGGUUGAUGGAGGGGAGGAGAAGGGGAAGGGGGAAGUUGCGGAGGGGGAGGGGAGGGGCCAGCAGGAAAAGCAGGAAGGCACGGAGAGGAGUGGCAGUGAGAAGGAAGGAGAUGAAACGGUGGGGGGGAAGCAGCAAGGAGAUGCAGAGGGGAAUGGGAGAGAGGCGGAAGGGGGUGUGGGAGAUGCGACGGGGGAUGGGAGAGAUGCAGAGGGGGGCGGGGGAGAGGCCGAAGGGAAGGGGAGUGCGAUGCGGCAGGCGUUCAACACAGCGGGGUUUCCGAUGCUUGGGAGGGUGCCGUGGGGGCGAGAGCUGCACUCCCUGGUGAUGGGCGGCGUGCCCAUGAACCUGCGUGGCGAGGUGUGGCAGAUAUUUGUGGGCACCAAGGCGAGGAGGCGAGCAGGGCUGUAUGAUGCAUUGCUGGAGGAGGCACACCGAGAGGACGACCUGUGCCCCAACAGCACCCUCGCUGACAUCUACGCCCGCAUUCGUGCCAAAGACGUGCACAACUCGUGGGCCGUGCAGAUUGAAAAGGACCUUCCUCGCACCUUCCCCGGCCAUCCAGCGCUGGACUCCAUUGGGCGAGACUCGCUGCGCCGCCUGCUGACAGCGUAUGCGCGGAAGAACAAGGACGUGGGGUACUGCCAGGGCAUGAACUUCCUCGGAGGGCUGCUGCUUCUGCUCAUGCCAGAAGAAAACGCAUUCUGGACCCUGACAGGGAUUGUGGAUGACUAUUUGAAGGGCUACUACUCUCACAACAUGAUCGAAGCUCAGGUGGACCAGCUGGUGUUUGAAGACCUCGUGAGGCAAAACUUCCCUCGACUUGCAACGCACUUUGAGAACAUGGGGGUGCAGCUGUCGUGGAUCACAGGCCCCUGGUUCCUCUCCCUCUUCAUCAACGUGUUUCCAUGGGAAAGCGUGCUGCGUGUGUGGGACGUGAUGCUGUUUGAGGGCAGUCGCUGCAUGCUCUUCCGGGCGUGCCUCGCGCUUCUCGAGCAGCACUCCUUCCUACUGAUGGAAAUCACUGAGACGGGCGAGCUCAUGUCCACCCUGCUGAACUCGGCAGCGUCGGCCUUUGAUGCCAGUCAGCUGGUGCUGAACGCGUGUGUGGGGUACAUGGCUGUGGACGAGGCGUUAUUGGAGACUCUAAGGCAGAAGCACCGGCCAGCCAUAAUGCGUCGAUUAGAGGAGAGGCAGGUGGCGCUGCAGCGCUACCAGAGCGGCAAGUCAGAGCGCCUCAAAGCGGAGGCUGCUGCAAUCUUCGAGCGCAUGUCCCUCCACCCCACUGCUGACGGCCGCCCCGUCACCACCAACUCCCUUGACGACUCCAUCCUCCCCUCCCCUUCUGCUGUCGCUGCCUCUGGGUCGGGUCUCCUGCUGGAUCCGCCGUCGCUGCUCCUGCCACCCUCAACUGACAGCCUCGUUACUAACAGUCUUCUUAGUAAUAGCAAGAGCGGUAACAGUAGAAACAGUCAACUACCACCUCUCCCCACGCAGGGGCGUCAGAAGGGGGUUGUUCAGGGGGACUCCCAGGCAGGCCCAGCAGCCAAUCAGCGCUCUCCACCUGUCCAAUUCAAGCCUGGAGCAAGGCUGUUUCCCCUCCCACCCAGCCCUCCCCUCGCCCGGUCCUCCUCCCUGUCAAGGCUCCACGUGUCAUCUCUCCAUAGGCCAGUUUGGCACCGCUUUGGCAUGCACUUAGGGUGCAGCCCUGCCGCCAGGAACAUGGUGGCGCUUUUAGCUAAGCAAAUGGAGGAGGAGCGGACGCAGCCCCGGGGGGCGCCGAAGCUGUCGCUGCCGAACCGGGUGGCUCGGGCCGUGGCUGUGUUGUUGGAAGCAGCAGGGGUGGAAGGUGGGAGAGAGGCGAGGGAUAGGAGGGUGAAUGGUGGCCUGGAUAUGCCUACGGAUGGUUCCUCCUGGCCUGAUGUGAGUUGGCCGGCAACCACCACCGUCUCCUCAGUCUCUUCAACAAGCAUGCUAGCAGUGGGUGGUGGAUCAGCAAGCAUGCCAGCCGGGAUGCUAGCAGGAGCAGCGGGUUCCUUCUCCUUCUCCUCCGCCUCUCUCGCCCCCUGGCCUGACCACCGCCGCUCGUCCUCCUCUCACGACCUUGCUGCUCUCAACCGCAGCCCCGCCUCUCCCCCCAUCCCUUUCCUUGCCAACGGUGCUACCGGUGCCUCUGCUGAUGCUGGUGCUACUGGCGAUGAUGGUGGUGCUGGUGACGAGAGUUGCUCCAGAGAGGGAGCAGGUGCAGCAGCGGCGGUGGAACCAGGAGUGGCAGGGGGGGAAGCAGGAGCAGGCGGAGCAGCAGCAGCAGCUGUACCAUCAGCCGGUGCUGCAUGGCGCUGGUCCGGAUGGGGGCAGGCAGGGUCUCUGUUCGGUGGGGGAGGAGGGGCAACACCUGCUGCUGCUGCUGCUGCUGAUGCAGCUGCAGGAGGGGUAGAUGCGCUGGUGGGGGAAGGGGAGGGGCAGGUUGGGGAUGGUGCAGAGCGGUUGAAGAGGGAUAUGACAGCGAUGCUGGAUCUGCAAGCACAGGUUAGUGUGGGCACCGUGGCAGGGUGGAUUCUAACACCUUCCUCUCCCUCCUUUCCCUCCUCCCUUUCCUAUUCCCUCCUCUCCCUCCCUCCCCCCCCUUCCCCUCCAUCCCCUCCCCUCCCUCCCCUCCAUCCCAUCCCAUCCCAUCCCUCCUGCCAGGUGGCGUGGUUAAAGGAGCAGCUGGUGCUCACACUGGAGAGCCACCACGAGUCACAGACGCGGGUGGAGGCCCUGCAAACAGCCAUGGUGGAGAUGGCGCAGAGAGACACACACAUGCAACUCACAGUGAAGGUGGAGCAAAUGACCAACGAGGUGGAGGUGCUUCGGAGGGAGCUGUCGCAGCAGCAGCAGCGGGCAGCAGUGGUGCUGGAGCAAGCGGUCAUGGACAAGCAGAUUGAGAUGCAGAGGGAGCUGAAUGCAUUGUUAAGAGCACUGGCAUGGAAGGAGGAGAAGAUGAGGCGAGACGUGGAAGGGCUGCACGACAGGGUGGAGGAUAAGGAGCUGGAGAUUGAGCGACUCAAGCGGGUCAUUGGUCGUCUGGAGGGGGAGAAGAGGGAGCAGGAGGAGAUGAUCGCAGCGGGCAGGCAGCAGGUGGACACUCACAAGCGCGUCAUUGAGAUGCUCGUGGAGAAAGGCCAGACGAUGCAGCAGCAGAUGGUGGCCAUGGAGAAGCGGGCACUCACAGCUGAGGGCAUGGCGCGUGCAUUCCUGGAGAUCUCAGGGGCAGAGAAGGGCUACACCACCUUUGGGUCCGCAGUGGGGCUCGAGACCAGCUACCUGCCCUCCAGCGCUGACCUUGACACACUCACCCACUCGCCUCUGCCCUCGCCGUCCUCGAUAGUAGCAUCCUCGUUAUCGUCAGUGGCAUCGUCGUCAAGUACAGAGCAAUUGUCAUCAGCAGUGACUAUGGAGGGCAAGGCAAACGCAUUACAAGCAUCAUCCUCCGGUGAAGGGAGGGGUGGAAGCAGACCUGCUGUGCCGAACACUACCACUACACCUACUGUAUAA